GGGUUCGACACCCUGGAGGACCCAAUCCCGAGGGAUAAGAGGAGAUUUUUAUGCACCGAAUGCGGGAAGAGUUUCAACCACAGCGCCUACCUCCUCCGCCACCAACGCAUCCACUCUGGAGAGCGACUUUAUCCCUGUCCAAAAUGCGGGAAAACUUUUACCUGGAAUUCCCACCUGAAUUCCCAUCAAAAAACCCAUACGGGCGAAAUUCCCUAUAUUUGUUCCGAAUGCGGGAAAUGCUUCAGCGCUCGCUCCAACCUUUUCCGUCAUCAACGUAUCCAUACCGGGGAAAAACCCUAUAAAUGUCCAGAAUGCGGGAAAAGUUUUGGGCAAAGCUCGGAUCUCAUCCAGCACCGGCGAACCCACACCGGCGAAAAACCCUUUUCCUGCUCGUUUUGCGGGAAAUCCUUUAACGAACGAUCCCAUCUCAUCCGCCACAAAGGUCGGCAUACAGGGGAAAAACCCUAUAAGUGUCCGGAAUGUGGGAAAAGCUUCGUACAAAGCUCGGAUCUCCUCAUCCAUAGGCGAUCCCACGCCGGCGAGACCCCCUAUACGUGCACCGAGUGCGGGAAACGAUUUCGGGUCAGCUCCAGCUUGGUGCGGCAUCAAGGAUUACACACGGGAGAAAAACCCUACAAAUGCGGGGAAUGCGGAAAAGGAUUCAGCGCCCGGUCCGUCCUCGUUAUCCAUCAGCGGCUCCAUACGGGAGAGCGACCCUACGAGUGCCCGGCUUGCGGGAAGCGUUUCGUUCAAAGCUCCAACCUCAGUCGGCAUCGACGGAUCCAUACGGGAGAGAAACCGUAUCCCUGCUCCGCUUGCGGGAAGAGGUUCAGCGUCCGGUCGAGCUUGGUCAAGCAUCAGCGGCUCCACGAGCCGCCCAGGGAGGAGAAGGAUUUAGG